AUGAGACCAGAUCAAAUCGAAAAGUAUGAAGAGAGAGAGAAUCUAGAUGAAGACGACCAGCACCUCCAUCUAAAGUCGGUUGACAAUUGGGAAAACGGAGUCAUGGAAGCUGAUCAAGGAGGCUUCCAAUUCAGGUUCCCUCUCCAUUUGAAUCACCUGAUUUUUUUGGCAGAGGGCCAGAGAUUUGGAGACAUCACUGUAGAAUUGGAGUUCUGA